CGAGGGAGAGAGAGAGAGAGGGAGCUGCCAUCACCGCUGGGGCGACUGCGCCUUUAAGAGCUGUGGGAUCGGAACAAUAAAAGCUCAUGUUCUCACAAUGAGCCUAAUCGAUAUGUUCUUGAUAAAAUUCGCUGUUUUCUUGUACUGCGCGAGAAACGCGGGAGGUCAUUAUGGAAACCCUUUGAAUAAGUAUAUCCGGCACUAUGAGGGCUUGUCGUAUGACACAGAUGUUCUGCAUCAGAAACACCAGCGAGCCAAGAGGGCCCUGUCCCACGAGGAGAGGUUUGUGCAUCUGGAUUUCCAUGCUCAUGGCAGACAUUUCAAUCUCCGAAUGAAGAGGGAUGCAUCCAUGUUUACGCAAGACUUCAAAGUGGAAUUCGCUGGAGAAGAACUGGAUUAUGACACCUCCCACAUCUACACAGGAGAACUCUACGGUGAGAAGGGAACUAUGAGUCAUGGCUCGAUAGUGGACGGGAAGUUCGAGGGCUUCAUCCAGACUCAUCAAGGCACUUUCUACGUUGAGCCCUCUGAGAGAUACAUUAAGGACAAUGCAGUGCCUUUUCACUCCGUCAUCUACCACGAAGAUGAUAUCGACUACCCGCACAAGUACGGCGCCGAGGGGGGCUGCGCCGACCACACGGUCUUCGAGAGGAUGAAGAAGUACCAGGCGUCCGCAGUGGAGAAGACCCCUAAGGAUGACCACAUUGAGGAGGAGGAGGAGGGGCAAUCCAGUGGACCUGUCCUCCUGAGGUCACGCAGAGCUGCCGGGGCAGACAAGAACACCUGCCAGCUGUUCAUCCAGACUGACCACCUCUUUUACAAGUACUACGGCACCCGCGAAGCUGUGAUCGCACAGAUCUCCAGCCAUGUCAAAGCCAUCGACUCCAUCUACCAGACCACAGACUUCCAAGGAAUCCGGAACAUCAGCUUCAUGGUGAAAAGGAUUAAAAUCAACACCACGGAAGCCGAGAGAGACAAGUCCAACCCCUUCCGCUUUGCCAACAUCGGAGUGGAGAAGUUCCUGGAGCUGAACUCGGAGCAGAACCAUGACGAUUACUGCCUGGCGUACGUCUUCACCGACAGAGACUUCGACGACGGGGUUCUGGGCCUGGCCUGGGUCGGCGCCCCCUCAGGUAGCUCAGGGGGUAUUUGUGAAAAGAGCAAGCUGUAUUCAGAUGGAAAAAAGAAGUCCUUGAACACUGGAAUCAUCACUGUUCAGAACUACGCCUCCCACGUGCCGCCAAAAGUCUCUCACAUAACCUUUGCUCAUGAAGUUGGUCACAAUUUUGGCUCCCCGCAUGACUCUGGAACCGAAUGCACUCCAGGGGAGUCCAAAAGCCAGGAUCUGAAGGAGAAGGGAAACUACAUCAUGUACGCCAGAGCCACCUCCGGAGACAAGCUCAACAACAACAAGUUCUCCAUCUGCAGCAUCCGCAAUAUCAGCCAGGUGCUGGAGAAGAAGAGAGGCAACUGCUUUGUGGAAUCCGGGCAGCCUAUCUGUGGCAAUGGCUUGGUGGAGAAUGGGGAACAGUGCGACUGUGGCUACAGUGACCAGUGCAAUGACUCGUGCUGCUAUCAUGCCAACGAGCCAGACCACCUGAAGUGCAAGCUGAAGCCAAAUAAAAAGUGCAGCCCCAGCCAGGGCCCGUGCUGUAACCCGGACUGCACCUUCAGGAGCAACAUCCAGAAGUGCCGGGAGGAGUCCGAGUGUGCCCACCAAGGCUUCUGCAAUGGCAAUACCGCCCAGUGCCCCACCUCCGAGCCCAAGGCCAACUUCACCGCCUGCCAUGGAGAAACUCAAGUCUGCCUCAACGGGCAAUGCACCGGCUCCAUCUGCGAGAAAUACGGGCUGGAGGUGUGCACCUGUGCCAGUGGCGACGGGAAAGACGACACCGAGCUGUGCCAUGUCUGCUGCAUGGAGAAAAUGAGACCAGACACAUGCAGCAGCACGGGUUCAGACCAGUGGUCCAAGUUUUUCAACAAGAAGGUCACCACACUACAACCCGGGUCCCCGUGCAACGACUUCAGGGGGUACUGUGACGUGUUCAUGAAGUGUCGGCUGGUGGACGCCGACGGGCCCCUGGCCAGGCUGAAGAAAGCCAUCUUUAACCCGGAGCUGUACGAGAACAUUGCCGAGUGGAUAGUGGCACACUGGUGGGCUGUGUUGCUGAUGGGGAUCGCACUCAUCAUGUUGAUGGCUGGCUUCAUUAAGAUCUGCAGUGUGCACACUCCCAGCAGCAAUCCCAAACUGCCUCCACCCAAACCACUGCCAGGCACUCUGAAGAGGCGGAGACCACAGCAAGCAAACCCCCAGCCCCAGCGCCAGCGGCAGCCCCGGGAGAACUAUCAGAUGGGACAGAUGAGACGCUAACUGGGCCUCUUUGCCUUGGUUCUUCGUAGUGCCUACAGUGGGAAAACUGCUCUCCAAAGAAAACCUGUAUAGUCAUUGUCCCCAUUCAGCACCCAGAUGGCAAACAAGGAAACAAACGACAACACAAACACACACACACACACACGCUCUCGCCACUGCUCUUGGACCCAGCAAAGCUGAGGAUGUCACACAGCUUUUUGUUUUUCAAACCACUUCAUCUCUUUUUAAAGAAAAGGAAAACCGACAAAUCAGUUUUCCAUUGUAAUGUGGUCUUAACCUUCUUCAGACUUUUUUUUAUUGGAAUGGCACACUGUCCCUUUUCCCCCUCCCCAAUGGUAUAGCUGUAGAAUUUUGCUCCUUCUCUCUUCGUUUUUCCAAUUGUUUUUUCACCUUUUUUAAGUCACGCCCUCCUUUGCAGAAGAACAUGACUGCAGGUGAACCGUCUUUUGCUGCCACUCAAGACCAAGAAGCGAGACGACCUCAAAGUCAAUGACUUAAUUGCCAAUGUAAUUAACAAUAUUGUUAAAAAAAUGCGCAGGCCUGUAUUUCUAAUGCGUACCCAUAUUUCUGCGUGCAAUUGUACAGAAAUCGCAAUAUAGAUUUUUUUUCAUUGUAUUAUAAGAAAAAACAAAACUUUUUUUUCUGCUGUUUAAUGAACAAUUUACUGUUUUAAUUGACACUCUCAGGAUAAAAAACAAAGGAAAUGGGGGCUUUCGGGCAUGACUGAGUAUUUUUGACUCUCUCUUGCAGUGGCCGUGACUAUCUAGGAAGUUCAGAACUUCUGUCCUCUGGGUGGUAUUAUUAAUGGGUUGGGAUGGAUUGAAUAUGGCUGUGUUUGUGUUGCCUGAUAGGAACAGCUGCUAGGAUAUAAAGUUGCAUAGAAGAUGAAAAGAAAAAAAAAAAUAAAGACAACUCUGGGGAAGGAGAGAAAGGUUGCAUGUAGGUCUUUUCUGAUGCGUUUCAAGGUUUUGUCAGUGAAUGACACCUGUUGGAUUGCUGAAAUAUUAGAUACUCUAGUGCGCUGUUUUCAAAAGAAGCCUUUUGGGCUGGCUUCAUGUGAAUGUGUUGACUUCCAGGAGCGUGUGGAGAUACAGAUGGGAGGAGAAAGCGUGUUUUUACUUUAGCAUAUUAUGAACUUCCUUUUCUUUCAUACCGUGGCUUAAUUUACAUGUUGCUGUCAUGUUGACGUUAAUUAUUGAACAACCACUAAACGGCAGAUGGCCGGAUCUGUUUGUGACUCAGACUGUGAGGAUAGGAGAGCUAAGAAUUUCGGCGUUUUCCUGGCUUGAAUUACAUUUUAGCCCAUCAGAAACUGGGGCCACAGGCCAGCUCUUGGAUGUUGUGGAGUUUGGAGUGGGGAGGGAACGGCGGGGCUGAGGGACCAGGGUUCGGGGGCAGGUUAGUUUGAGGAAUCUGUAUUCACCCUGCCAGCAGGGAGUGUCUCCCGGAUGCAGCACGAUCAGUCCAGCAGAAGGGCGACCUGCUGGUGGAAAAGACACAAGUUUUGAGCUGUUGAAAUAAAGUACCGCCGUUGCACCAUUGGCCAAACUGAAAGUAGUUCUUCCUCAUUUUUUUCGAUGCUGAAACCUGUCCAAUACCAGUGAAAACCAAAGGAAACGAUGUCGAUACCAACUGUUUCUCUCAUUUGGUAAAAGGGUUUGUUCACUGGAUUCUCUUCCUUUGGUUUCACUGAAGAAGCCAUCUUGCGAUUUUUUAAUAAUUUUUUUUAAAUUAAAAUAUGUGUAUAUAGAGAAACUAUAUCGUUUAAUCCUGGAAUAUUACUCCUGUGUUUGCUUCAUGUCUUAAGACGAUAUUGCACAUGAGCUUUGUGGUCCAGAAGGCAGGUGGGACACAACUGGACUGCUGUAUCUCGUGAAUCGGAGUUCCUCACAGGGUCAGAUCAGCUCAUUUUCCACAAGAGGGCAAGAGGCAGUAACUGCUAUGAUCGCUCUCUCUUCUUCUCUACCUUGAUUUCAUUUUCUCCAUGCAAGACGGAAGAUGCAAGUUAUGCCUUUGUAUUGGGAUUUCAGAUCUCUGAUUUGCAUUCGAAUUGAAUAUCGAAGUGAAAAUGCCACAUUGUAAAGUGGAGUAAAUAUCUGUCCUGCAAUAGAAAUAAACUGUGGUGUUGGUUCUUUAUAGUGUUUAACCAAGGAAAGAUGUGCCUGAAAAGACUGGGGUCUCCUUGUCCACUUUCACUGUACUUGGACUCAGCUUAUACUGAAACACUGCUGUUCUUAUCCGCCUGCGGUUUUCAAAAGCCAGGCCUUCAGGGUAGAAUUAACUUCUUGUGUCAUAAUUCUAACCUUGUAAUGUUUUGCGGUCAUUCAUUGUCCAGUUGGUAUUGAAGAAAUAGCAAAGGGACAAACAUAGUCAUGGCACAAAAUCUGCGUUUUCAAAAUGGCACAAGGAGAUUUAGAUCUACAAGGAUAUGUAGAUCAUGAGAUUGGAGGCAGGUGAAUUGAUCAGUUCUGGAAAGACAGCGUUGCAGUGUACGUAACAAAUACCUUGAAGUGGCCGAGGGCUGUUUAAUUAUGGACCCCAGUAUGUAACUGAAAGCAGACUUAGGUGGCUGUUGUCUGUGUUCAAAAUGUAAGUGAAGCCAAGAGGAAACGCAGUGAUUUUUGUCUGUUGGAUUUUUUAUUUUUUUUUGCUCUUGACAGAAAAUGCUAGGUUUCAAAGACGGAUGCAGGCUUGUUUCUUGUAAGGAGGUUUACACGGAUGGCGCCUCGAAGCGCCAUAGAGAUGUUUGGGGCCGCUACGCAAACACUAACGCGAGAACUUUUCCUUGUAAACUUGUACAGUACAUCCAAAACUCGCUUUUGUUUCGGAAAAGAAAAAAAAUGUCAUUUUUAUACAUGUAAACAGUCAAAUUUUAUAUAUGAAAACCAGAAAAAAAAAUGUUCCAAGUUCAUGGGUCUUGACAAAAAUGUGACAAAUCCUCCUUCGAUUCUAAAAGUGUAAAUCUUUAGUAUUGUGUGUUGGUUGGAAUGGGUUUGUGGCUGAUAAUAAAAUAAGAUUUUUUUUUUCCUUCCACGUUGGUUCAUUAGUGAAACUCAUUCGAGUGUGGUAGACAUUAACAGAUCUUGUGUUUUUUUUUUCCUGUUUAACUCCCAUUCUGUUCUGAGCUUGUCUUUGUUACUCUGUGGUAGGGACCAGGUAGACAUGAAAACUGCCUGAAAUUUUAUUUUUAAGUCUUGGUGAAAGUCUUUGAAAGCAACAUGCACUGAAAAUGUCCAAUUUGAGUUGAAAUGUGGUAGGUAACAAUAGCAGAAAGAUCACAGAAUGAAAUAAUUAAUACUACUGUCCAAUUUUAAUGUCCGCUGUGUUUUAUACAGUAUCUUUUUUUCUUUUUUUGUUCACUUUGAAAAUUUUUACAAAAUUGCAAAAAAGUAUUGUGCGAAACAUGUAAGUUUUUUGAAGUACUUGAAAUGCAUUAAUAAAAUAGACUUGAUCAAA